AAGAGGUUUGAGUCCUUUGCCUUUGUGACCUCGGUCACACGGGAGACCCCUCCUUAAAUGGAGAGUACGAAUACCCUGUAUAAAUAGACAGGGCAGGAUUAUCUUCGCUACCAAGGAAAGAGAACUCUAUUUAUCUUCUUCUUCUGAAAAAGCCAGAGCCAGAGACCAUGAAACUCAGAGUGAGAUCCAUUGAAUCCAAAGAGACUCUCCGAAUCGAGCUCCCUAAUGCUUCUUCUCUUCUCCAACUCAAGGACGCCAUUGCUCAAUCGAUUUCCUCCUCAACUUCUUCAUCAUCUCUCCGCCUCUCCCUCAACAGGAACGACGAGCUCUUCGCUCCUUCUCCUCACGAUUCGCUCCAGUCCCUAGGUAUCGCUUCUGGUGACCUAAUUUACUAUUCUAUUGUCUCUGAAACUUCAUUUCCUAAUUCAAAGUCUCCUGUGCCAAUGGAGACCCGAAGCAAUCUCGAUGGCGGGCACGACGAUACCCUAGGAGGUCCGAUUUCCCUGAAUCAGGAGACCCAGGUGAGUAAUCUCGAUGCUCUUGAUGAUGAAACCGAUAAGGUAAAUGGAGAGGGUUCGAAUUUGCAUAUGGAUGAAGGGGAAGAGGGUUUUGGGGCUGAGCGUAUGGAAAUUGAGGGCGAGGCUGACGGUAGCGUGGGGAGUAAGUUUCCCGAGUCAUGUUUCGUAAGGAGGAUGAGGAGGGUUUUGAACCAAGGGUUAGGGGAAGAUGGUCAUGACCACAAGCUAAUGGUAAUUGCGGUUCAUUCAGUUCUUUUAGAAUCUGGGUUUGUUGGGUUCGACUUGGUUUCGGGGACCCGUGUUGAUAAAUUUUCUGUUCUCGACAAUUGGAAGCCUUCCAUGGCUUUUUCGCCUCAAUUUCACUAUACCCUGCCUGAGAUUCUGGGCAAAAAUGAAGAUUCUACUUCAUAUGUGAUUGAAACAGUUGUUUUGAAGUUUCAGAUUAUGGGGCGUUUUGUAAUUGCUUUUGGGUCAUUAUCUAGUGGCGGUUCAGGAUCAGGAACGUACCGUUUAUGUUUGGAUGAACACAAAUUUGUGCGGAGCAUUGGUGCGCUAUCCCCAGAUGGUGAUUCUGAAAGACAAGUUUACGAAUUUUGGAAAAUUGUUAAGGACAAGCUUGUAUCACCUUUGUUGAUUGAUCUUUGUGCAAAGGCUGGAUUGCCCUCUCCACCAUGUUUCGUGCGUCUCCCGUCUGAACUUCAAAUGAAGAUUUUGGAGUUGCUUCCGGCUGCCCAAAUUGCGAAAAUGGGGUGUGUAAGCAAGGAACUGCAGUACUUGUCAAGCAACAAUGAUUUGUGGAAAGCUAAGUUUAAGGAGGAGUUUGGAAAUGAGAGAGAAGCCAUCGAUUGGAAGAGGGCAUUUGCCCAUGAGAGACGGAAGGAAGAAGAGAGAAGGAGGGCGACUUCCCUUUUUUCCAACGAUAUCAACUUCCGCACUAUGGUUAGGAGGAGAGAUCCUAACCCGUUUGCACCAAUGAAUAUGGUUGGUGGAGAUUAUGACCGUUUCCCAGUUAUAGCUCGGUCUCCUGAUCCUCUUCGUCUCUUUUUUGGAAGACCAGGUGGAGUUACUCUUAGUCGGAGGAGCUUUUCACCAAAUUGUAAUUUGAGAGGAUUCUUGGGCUAAGCUAGUGAGGGGCUUUGGAUUUUGUCUCCUUAGUAUAUUUUGGUUAUGAUCUUUUUGUUUGUCUGAUCAAUAGGUAGGAUUGAUCAGACGUUUCUGGGUGGGCAGAAGAACUAGUUACUAUUCGAUUGUAUGUUUAUGUUUGUCUAUAUUGAAGCGUUUUUGGUUGCAAGUUCUUGCUCAAAUAAAAGUUGUAGUAAGCAAAGGUUUUACUUUGUGGAUAGCUUUCUUAUA